GCGUCUAAUACAGGAGGCGGUGUUUCGAAGGAAGGACGCCGUUUUUUCGCAUCUUGAACAAUGCCGCUUGGGGUGCUUGAUAACGGAGCUGAGUGGAACUGAGCUUGGGUUUGGAUUGCUUGUCUGGAAGGCUGGGGUGGGACGUUACUGCACGGCUGCCAUUACUGGAUUAUGUUAGUUUGAGCGCCACUGAGCUGUUUGUUUUGUGCAACGGGGCUGGUGUGGCACGAUGAGCGUUGUGAAAUUAUGCGUAGUGGCCGUUCUCUUCUUUACCGGGUCGCUAGCGGCAAAUGUGUAUGCUCAGGCUGAGCAGCCCUGUCAAAGGAGCGGGGCAGAAGAAACAUAUCAACGAAAGGUUGGUAGCAGUCAGGCGCUGACCGGGAGCAGCAAUGCAAGAAGACGACGGAGUUCAGAGACUAGCGACACCUGCAAAGUUUGGCAGGGAUAUGAGAUCCGGUUACGGAACAACACCCACCCGUAUCAGUUCAUUGACCUAAGUGGAUCAGUAUCAUUGGCUUGGGUUGGCGACGGAACUGGUGUUGUUUUGGCAUUAACAACCUUCCAGGUGCCUCUGCUGCUGGUGAAAUUUGGCCAAUCCAAGUUGUAUAGAAGUGAGAAUUAUGGAAAAUCUUUUUCAGAUGUCAGUGAUCUUAUUAAUAAUACCUUCAUUAGGACAGAGUUUGGGAUUGCUAUUGGCCCUGACAAUUCAGGAAAGGUGAUUCUUACAGGAGAAGUAUCCGGUGGAAGCCCAGGUGGGAGGAUCUUUCGAUCACUGAAUUUUGGGUACAAUUUCACCCAGACUGAUCUCCCAUUCCAUCCUUUGACACAAGUUACCUACAAUCCAAGAAAUGCGAGUCAUUUGUUAGUUUUAAGCAUAAAAUAUGAUCUUUGGAUUUCAUUGAAUUUUGGGGAAACAUGGAAGAAGAUUCAUGAUGUAGUCUGCCUUGCAAAAUGGGAUUUGGACCAUACAGUAUUCUUCACUACUAAUCCUAAUGGCUCAUGCAUUGACCGAGGCAUGUUGAUUUUAAAAAAAACCUCCGACUUUGGGGAAUCGUUUAAGACCAUUGGAGAUAAGAUCUACUCUUUUGGCCUUGGAGGACGUUUUGUUUUUGCAUCUGUAAUGACUGGAGUGGGCACAAUGAGAAGGAUCCAUGUAUCUGUGGACCAAGGAGAGACAUGGAAUAUGGCUCAACUUCCCCCUGUUGGGCAUGAACAAUUCUAUUCAAUCCUGGCAGCGAAUGAUGACAUGGUCUUCAUGCAUGUGGAUGAACAAGGGGAUACAGGUUUUGGAACAAUAUUUGUUUCUGAUGACCGUGGAAUUAUAUAUUCCAAGUCUUUGGAAAGGCACCUGUAUACUACAACGGGUGGAGACACGGAUUUCACCAAUGUAACAUCACUUCGUGGCGUUUACAUGACCAGUGUUCUGGCUGAGGAUGGCUCUGUACAGACAGUGAUCACCUUUGAUCAGGGAGGUGAGUGGAAUCCCAUUCAAAAGCCAGAAAAUGGCCAAUGCGAUUCAACUGCCAAAGACAAGGAAAAGUGCAGCCUCCACAUUCAUGCUACUUAUAGCAUGUCGCAGAAACUCCCUGUACCCAUGCUGCCUCUGUCUGAGCCCAAUGCAGUGGGAUUGGUCAUUGCCCAUGGCAGUGUGGGUGAUGCUAUCUCUUUAAUGACACCUGAUGUAUAUGUUUCUGAUGAUGGAGGAUACUCUUGGACUAAAGCUUUAAAUGGGCCCCAUCAUUAUGCCAUUCUUGACUCAGGAGGACUCAUUGUUGCUGUUGAACACAAUGCCAACCAGCCAAUCAAGCACAUUAAGUUUUCCACAGAUGAAGGCCAAUGUUGGUACAACUAUACUUUCACAGAGGAUCCUAUAUACUUUACAGGAUUAGCUUCCGAACCGGGAGCUCGAUCAAUGAAUGUCAGCAUCUGGGGUUACCGGGACAGCAUGCUUUCACAGUUCUGGGUGUCCAUCACUAUUGACUUCAAAGAGCUUCUUACCAGAGACUGUGACAUGAAUGAUUAUGUUCAGUGGCUAGCACACUCCAGUGAUCUCAGUAACCCCAAUGAUGGCUGUAUACUAGGUUAUAAAGAAAAAUACCUGAGGCUCCGAAAGUCUUCUGUUUGUUGGAAUGGUCGUGAUUACAUAGUGAACAAACAGCCCACCACUUGCCCCUGCAGUUUGGAGGAUUUCCUUUGUGAUUUUGGGUACUAUCGUACGGAAAACAGCUCUAUAUGUUUGGAGCAGCCUGAUCUGAAAGGUCAUGACCUUGAAUUCUGCCUGCAUGGGAAGGAGGAGAUGCUGAAGACCAAUGGGUAUCGUAAAAUCCCAGGAGACCAGUGCCAAGGUGGAAAAGUGCCCGAACGUAAAGAGAUUGACCUCCGCAAGAAAUGUGUCAGCACUCUGCUGUACCCCAGUGAAAAGGUAUCGCAGUCAACUGCCAGUUCUGCUCUAGUGAUUGCUGCAGUUAUCACAAUCUUACUGCUGACAGUCAUUGCUGGGGUGAUUUUUGUGAAGAAAUAUGUUUGCGGUGGAAGGUUUUUGGUACACAGAUACUCAAUUCUCAAACAGCAUGCAGAAGCUAAUGGGAUUGAUGGAGUAGAUGAAUUAGACAUAAACAGUUCUGAAUCUAACAGACAAACGUACCAUGACGAUUCUGAUGAGGAUCUCCUUGAAUAAGCUGAAUUAAUGUGGCUAUUUCCAGAAUCCUGGAAGACCCUACUGGAAACUCUGUGUGUCAUUUCCCUGGAAAAAAAGUCUUGUGAGAAGCUAUAGGGGACAACCCACAAAUGUUUUAAAUGUUCAUCAAGACUAAAAAGAGGGAGAAGGCAGAAGUCGUCCUGCCAUUUCUAAAAUUGCUGUUUGACUUGAAAGAAAGUUUUAGUUUUAAUUUAAGAAAUACUGCAUUGGAAAAUGAAGGUAGAACUAUCAUUGCAGUGUGGCUUAUGUGAAGGUGUUGCUUUUAUUCAUGUGACUCCCUCUUUACAUCCAAAAACAAAGUCUUUUUGUGGAGGAAACCCUAUUAUGGAUUGUUAUUUGGGUGAUGUAUUUUUGAAUAAUUUUUCUUCUUAAGGUGGGGUGAGGGUCUGUGGUUUUGAAACUGGACUAUUAUAAAACUGGAUGUAUAUAAACAUAUACAAGUUUCACUGCUUAUAGCAUCCUACCUAUAACUCAAAAGAUGCUGUGUACUGCCGUAGUUACACUACAGUCCAGCUUAUUUAACUACCAUCCUCUGUUUCUUCUAAUUGAAUAAACCGGGGAAAGGAAAACUGGAUGAAAUGUGAUACAAUGAAUUGUUCUGCUUUCAGAGGAGUGUUUUCUAGUUUUUAGGAUACUUAAUUCACUGUUAAUAUAUAUAUUUUUUUUAUAUGUUCCAAUUUGAAGGUGAAUGUUUGAAUCCAGAAAGGUCAGCAUAGAUAAUAAAGGAUACUUGCCUUGCAACAGCUCUAAAAGGAUGCUAUUUUGUAAAGGGACAAGUUGUUCAAGCCCUUUUUCAAGUUAUUGAUUGAUAGGCUAUGCCUGCACCAAACAGUGUAGUAUUAUAUCAAAUAAGUCAUAUAUAUAAUAUCUCGGUAUGUGUGUGUGUUUGUAUAUACAAACACAUGCCAGGAAAGUAUUAGUUAGGACUACAUGUAAAGAUUCUCUUCCAUUAACUAAACAGGGCAUAUACAGAAAACCCUGGUCAUCGAUAAAUUCAGCUGUCAUAUGCCUCAAUACAAUUACAGCUUAACUUGCCCUUUUACUGCUUAGCCUGCCCUUAUCAGGCAAAGGAGAUGCAUUAACAAGUGUGUGUGUGUUUUUUUUUUGUUUUUUUUUUUUCUUUCUCUAUUUUUGUCCUCACAUAAGAAAAGUUAACAUGGGAAUCUUGCUUUUUUUACUGGCAAUUGGGCCCAGUAGCAAAGAAUAAGUAAUUUAUUCAGUUUAUGGGUUCCUACGAAUCACCCCACAUCCUCACAACUUAUUUGAGGUUUGUAUUCAAAAUUAUUGCUGCAAGUAUGAAAGGUAUUUUGUUGUUUUCUUUUUAAGAUUAAAUUAGUCCUGCUGCAUUUUUUAUAAUCAUGAUAUGUAGUUUUUCGAUUUGCACUCUCAAAAGAUUUUUUUUUCCCUUUGUGAUUUAAAGCUGUUUGUUAACAGCCUAUUGGCCACUUGUGAAAAAUGUUUUCAUUGCAGCCAACUUGACCUUUGUAAUUACACUCAUUAUAUACAAGCAGGAUAUCUCAAUGAAUAGCUCCGAAAGAACUUUCUUUUUCCAUUGUGUCCAUAAAUGUUAAUCAAAUGUGCUUGUUAAUGGCUUGGCUGACUUUGCCAUUCAAGUUUGCUGCCUCAAAGCACUAAGCUUAACCCAUCUGAAACAGCCGGAUUGUAGGUGUGGGCAACGACUUAUUCAAUAGCCACCUUGAUGCUUUGAAUCUGAGAUUUUGUCAUUUUAGAUUAAAAGAAAUAAGCUACUUUUUUGCACAAGUUCUCUUUUUAAAGUAAUAGUAAAAAUUUUCUUUUUAGAAGUGUGGCUCAGGGAAAGGAAGAAAGUUUGGAGCAGAAUGUUGUAUCACUGGAUUGAUUUCUUGUUUACAUUUUAAGUAUUUCAGAAGCAAUAACUGCAAUUUAUUUGUCAUUGUGUGCAGUUCUCACAAAAUUGUAUCUGACAAAGAACAAUCAAUCGGUAUGUCCCAUAUUCCCUUCUCAAUCCAUUUAUCAUGUCAGUUUGGUACCUCAUCAGAAUUCAACCCAAGCAAAAAUGUGUUGUUUUUAUUUAUAUUACCAAAUAUCUUUAAACUGCAGUGGGUUACCAGUGACUAUUGUGCAAAUACAAAACAGACUGGAAAGUGCUGAGCUAAAGAUGUCUUUUAAUUGGGUUUUUUUUUUUUUAUAUAUAUCUCAUGGAAAUUUCACAACUAUGAAGCACGCUCAGACCUGCUUCAUUGAGUCAAAUGACCAAAUUGCUUUAUUUAUUUUGCAUUCCAUCAAAGCAUGGCUGGAUAAACUACGUUUGUUUUUCUUUAAGGUAAGAAUAAGUAAUGUUCUAGAAACAAUUUGCUGUUGUUGUCUAAAAAACUGUUACUAAAGCCUCUUUGAAGUUCUUUGCAUUUGCCUGCACUCUUUGGUUUAUUAUGUUGAAGAGGUUUUGCUUCAUGAGACAUUUUAUAAGCAUAUAUACAGGAGUUAUGCUUACUUAUACAGUAAAGAUUAAUGAAACUCGGCAUGUUUUGGAGUGUUUUGUAAGAUUGAUGAAAGUUUUAAAGCUGUGCAGUUCCUUAAUUUUCAUUAAAAAGAUAAGAAAAUUAGCUGUA